AUGACGCCGGCCGGCGGCGACUCGAAGGCUUCGUCGAUGGUGACCGUCGGGGCUCCGGAGUCCGACGGUGAAGGGAGGGACGGCGUCGCCGGUGCGCCGGCGCCGGCUGCAAUGAAGAAGGGGCCGUGGACGGCGACGGAGGACACGGUGUUGGUCGACUACGUGAAGAAGCACGGCGAGGGGAACUGGAACGCCGUGCAGAGGAACACCGGCCUGUCCAGGUGCGGCAAGAGCUGCCGGCUCCGGUGGGCGAACCAUCUCCGACCGAACCUCAAGAAGGGCUCCUUCUCCCCCGACGAGGAGCGCCUCAUCCUCGAGCUCCACUCCAAGAUGGGCAACAAAUGGGCUCGCAUGGCCGCCCAAGUACUGGAAGCAAGCAACUCCACCUUCUUCCUCCCUCGGUCCUCCUCUCCGUCUGUGCAACUGGUCCUGAAUUCUGAAUUCUGAGUUUUCUCCCACUUCAUCAAUUGUUGUAGCUGCCGGGGAGGACGGACAACGAGAUCAAGAAUUACUGGAACACCCGGAUCAAGCGGCGGCAGCGCGCAGGGCUGCCGCUGUACCCCCCGGAGGUCCACCGCCAGACCACCUUCCAUUGCCGUCCUCCGCAGGCGACCUCUGGUGCUCCACCGCCGCCGCCGCCGCCGCCGCCGGAGCUCUCUGCCACCAACUUCUCUCUGUUCGACUUCGCCGGCGCCCAGCCGUUCCUCUUCCAGUCUACGGCCGCCGUCAACGACGAUACGAGCUUCUUCUCCGUGGGUUUCGGCUCCGUUGCGGCGCCGCAGGCGCCGUCGCCGUCUCAGUCUCCUCCCUUGUUCCAGCUUAGCACUCUGGGGAACUACGACCUCAAUCCACCGCCCUCUCCCCCUCUUCUGCGAGAGCCGCAGAAUUUUUCCGUGAAAAUGGAGCUCCCUUCAAGCCAAUUGUUCCAGGAGACGCACAGCAUCGCCAUCUCCGGUGCCGGCGCCGGCGGCGCCGCCGUGUGUCGGCUGCCUCUGGAACGAAGCAGCAGCGACCUGCUCGACGCCUUUCUACGCGACACCCAGCAAGUAGGCUGCAGCAGCAACAGUCUCAGGGGCGGUAACAGCGUCGAGCACCAUCACCACCAUUUGAACUUCAUCUUGCCGGAGCCUAUCCAGCAUCAGAGGAUCGACAGGGAGCAGUCGCCGGCGCUGGUUCUGGACUCCGGCGACCUCUGGCUAGCCCCCAAUCGCCCUCCCGCCGGUGAGUUCCUCCUCCCUCCUUAA